AUGUUGGUGACAGAUCAAUUGCUCAGAUUAUUUCAAUUUAUGAACGGAAAAUCACAAAUGCGGAUAGCGUUUGGCUCGAAAAAAUCCAAAAAACAUCCGAAAUUCGGGAAUUUGCCGGAGAAUGUUUGGUGAGUCGAUUUUCAGCACAAAAUUUCAGCCGGGAAACUUUUUUGAGUUAAAAAAUUUGAAAGUUUUGCAAAAAUCUUAGUUUCAGGUCAAAAUUACGUUUUUAGAUCAGAAUUUUGUGCUGAAAAUCAUGAAAACCCGAAUUUCCAGCGGUUAUCAGCCAUUUUUCCAGUUUCAGCACAAAAUUUCAGCCGGGAAACUUUUUUGAGCGGAAAAAUUUGAAAGUUUUGCAAAAAUCUUAUUUAUUGGUCAAAAUUAUGUUUCCAGACCAGAAUUUUGUGCUGAAAAUCAUGAAAAGCUUUAAUUUCAGCAAUAUUCAGCUUUUUCUCGAGUUUCAGCACAAAAUUUCAGCCGGGAAACUUUUUUGAGUGAAAAAAUUUGAAAGUUUUGCAAAAAUCUUAUUUUCUGGUCAAAAUUAUGUUUCCAGACCAGAAUUUUGUGCUGAAAAUCAUGGAAAACCCGAAUUUUCAGAGAUUUUCAGCAAUUUUUCCAGUUUCAGCACAAAAUUCUGAUAUAAAACAUAUUUUUGACCGGAAACUAGGAUUUUUGCAAAAUUUUCAAAAUUUUUCACACAAAAAAGUUUCCUGGCUGAAAUUUCGUGCUGAAAAUCAUGGAAACCUCAAAAUUCGCAUACCAAGCCUAUUUUUCUUGCAGGGACAAAAUCCUGGAUUUUCUUCCGCCGCUCGAAGUCGUCAAAGUUCGCCGCGUCAACAAAAUGCUCAAAACGCUCGUGGAGAAGCGGAAAAAACGCAUUCUCUACGCGGAUUUCUUGCGGAGCGACGUAUUUCAGCUGCUUCCGGAAGGCAUUUCCGGAGACGGCGAAUUCUUUCGUCACGCCAAAAAUUCGCGGCUCAUUUUUCACGAGGAGAAACGCAGUGUACUGAUUAUUGUGGAUACGCAUUGGAGUGCGUCGGAUGCGCACAAAAUGCUCGGAGCUAUCAAAUAUUUUGGCGAAUUUGCACGAACUGUUACGGUGGGUGUUUUGGCGCCAAAAAUGGUGCAUUUUGGUGAAAAUUUGGUGAAAAUUGAGCCAAGAAACGAUUUUUCAUGAAAAUUUGAUGAAAAAUGAGCUAUUUCGGGUCUCGACACGAUUUUUGUGACGCAAAAACUCAAUGUGAUAUUGCCACGUGGCGAAAUCACGUUUCUACGCGAAAAAUUGUGCAUUUUGAUGAAAAUUUGAUGAAAAAUGAGCCAAGAAACGGUUUUUCAUGAAAAUUUGAUGAAAAUUGAGCUAUUUCGGGUCUCGAAGCGAAAAAACCACCGUAAUUUCGCCACGCGUGGCAAAAACCAAGUUUCUACAUGAGAAAUGGUGCAUUUUGAUGAAAAAUUGAGCCAAGAAACGAUUUUUCAUGAAAAUUUGAUGAAAAAUGAGCUAUUUCGGGUCUCGACACGAAAAAACCACCGUAAUUUCGCCACGUGGCAUAUAUAUGGUGUCGAAAAAUCAAUCAAUAAAUCAAUUUGCAGCUCGACGCGUCACUCGCCGAACUCUGCGUCGCCGCCCAAUCCACCAGCGACAUUGCCUACUGGUUCGCAUAUCAAUCCGCCUCGUCUCCGCGUCGCGACGCAUCCCCAGCCACGUGGCAACCGCGCACUCAACUCAUUCCCACCGGACCACUAUUUCCGCGAGCCACGGAGCUCGCGAUUCGCGCAAGUGUUCCGCAAUUGUCGAGACUCCGCAGAUUCGCCGUCUACCGAAGUCCACUGACACGUGGCAUCAUUGACGCCGCCAAUCUGUGUGCGUUGCGUGUUGUUGUGGCGACCGCGACGCAACCGCAACGCGGAGAAUACGGUGGACCCGCUCCGCGUCGUCAAGUCAUCGUCCGAUCGUCCCAUAAGAUUUUGGCACCGUUUUUGCGCUGGGCUCAAGCACAACGCCUCGGUCAUCGAUUUUCUGUACAAUUCGUCUAA